UUUGUUUUCAUUCGCUUUCGCAUUGUGCCUCAGAUCGGUAGUUAGGCUACUUAGUUAGUUAGUCAGUUAGUUAGUUAGUUGGUGGCCAGUGAUUAUGUCGCAGAUGCUGCAACUUGAUGCCUUGGUCAUGGCCAUGGCCUGUCUGUCCACCACGCAAACGGAUCUGGGCGGAGGUCUGAUGGUGCCGCCCUCCCUGGAAAAUGCGAACUCCAGCAGUUGUCCAGUUUCAGCUAUAAGUGGCCUUACCACUCGGAUGCAGUCGCUGAGCAGGGAUAUAGCCAGUAUCAAAGAGCAGAUAGGCAGUCUUCAAGAGCAAUUGGUGGACCUGCGGAGGGGGGGAAGUCCACCAGUGGUUGCUCUGGCCGCGCCCAAUUCCCUGGGCUCUCGAUUCCCUUUAACCAUUGACAGUCUAGACCUUGAGCCACAACUUCUGGCCACCGUAGGAGCCGUGGGUGUGCCAACCAUGCCGGCGAACUGCCUGAAACAGCAGCAUGGAGUUGUGCUAAUCCGACCCCGUUCGAAUGUGGAACCCUUCUUCGUUUACUGCCACCAGAAGGUGAGAGACGGCGGUUGGACCAUGGUGGUGAAUCGAUACGAUGGCAGCGCGGACUUCAAUCGCAAGUGGGCGGACUACAAGACCGGAUUUGGCCCUCUAACCACCGAGUUCUUCAUCGGACUGGAUAAACUCCAUCAGAUAACCAGCAGUGACAACUACGAGCUGCUCGUUGAGUUGCAGAACCGGAAACAAGAUCUGCGAUAUGCCCUUUACGAUCACUUUAGCAUCGGCAGUGAAUCAGAGCAGUAUCGCCUGAAUGUUCUGGGCAAGCACCAGGGCGAUGCGGCCGAUGCCCUGCGUCAGCACACGGGCAAGAAGUUCAGCACCUACGAUCAGGACAAUGACGAAAGUGAGCAAAACUGUGCGGCUCAGCAGUCGGCGGCCUUUUGGUAUGCCGGCUCCUGCAAUCUCAGCAACCCCUUUGGGCUAUAUCAACGUCUGCUCGAAAGAGAUGUCGAUGGCUACAAGGGGAUCUUGUGGCGCGGCUUCCUGGAUGGACCCAAGGGCUCUCUGAAAAGUGUCCGCAUGCUGGUUCGACCGCGAGCUAUUUCAUAAAUAAUUAUAUUUUUAAUUACUUUAACCAGUCACUCUUUGAAAAAAAAAACAAAACAAACAAACAAUAACACCCAUAAGGUAAGGA